UCUUCAGAGUGACACAAUAGUAGAUCCAAGAUGGCGGAACAGGGAGCUGGGAGUUUACAUGGGGGAGACCUGCCGCUCAAUUACCAGGAGCAGGAGCUCAACGAUCGACUUAAGCGCCUCUACCCAGCUGUCAAUGAAGACGAGACGCCUUUGCCCCGAGCCUGGAGUCCGAAGGACAAGUACAAUUAUAUCGGCCUGUCGCAGAGCAACCUACGGGUGCAUUAUAAAGGUCAUGGGAAGAACCACAAGGAUGCAGCCUCUGUGCGAGCAACACACCCAAUCCCUGCAGCCUGCGGCAUCUAUUACUUUGAGGUGAAGAUUGUGAGCAAGGGACGAGAUGGGUACAUGGGAAUCGGCUUGUCAGCCCAGGGUGUCAACAUGAACAGACUACCAGGUUGGGAUAAGCACUCGUACGGUUACCAUGGUGAUGAUGGCCACUCAUUUUGUUCUUCUGGCACUGGGCAACCCUAUGGACCAACCUUCACCACUGGGGAUGUGAUUGGCUGCUGUGUUAACCUAAUCAACAACACCUGCUUUUAUACUAAGAAUGGACACAGCCUUGGUAUCGCUUUCACCGAUCUUCCUUCAAACCUGUACCCCACGGUAGGAUUACAGACUCCAGGGGAAAUCGUGGAUGCUAAUUUUGGGCAACAACCAUUUGUAUUCGACAUAGAGGACUAUAUGCGAGAGUGGAGAGCAAAGAUACAGAGUACCAUCAAACGCUUUCCAAUUGGUGACCGACUUGGUGAAUGGCAAGCAAUGCUGCAAAAUAUGGUAUCUUCCUAUCUGGUGCAUCAUGGGUACUGCUCCACUGCAACAUCCUUUGCCAGAGUGACAGAAACCAGCAUCCCAGAAGAACAGAACUCCAUAAAGAACAGACAAAGAAUACAGAAGUUAGUUUUAGCUGGAAGAGUAGGAGAAGCUAUAGAGGCAACACAGCAGCUAUACCCAGGACUCCUUGACCACAACCCCAAUCUCCUCUUCAUGUUAAAGUGUCGGCAGUUUGUAGAGAUGGUUAAUGGAACAGACAGUGAAGUUCGAUGUUUCAGCGCCAGAAGCCCAAAAUCCCAAGACAGUUAUCCUGGUUCCCCAAAUCUCAGUCCCCGGCAUGGAGCCAACAACUCUCACAUCCACAACACAGGAGCAGACAGUCCGACCUGCAGCAACGGAGUGGCCUCCAUAAAAAGCAAACAGUCCCACAGUAAAUACCCUGCUCUGAGCUCGUCUUCUUCUUCCUCCUCUUCCUCCUCCUCUCCUUCCUCAGUCAACUACUCCGAAUCUAACUCCACAGACUCUACGAAAUCACAACAGCACAGUAGUACGAGUAACCAGGAGAGCAGUGACAGUGAUAUGGAAAUGGAAGCUGAACAUUACCCCAACGGGGUGCUAGAAAACUCAUCCACCAGAGUUAUGAACGGCACAUACAAACAUGAAGAGAUCCUGCAGACAGAUGAAUCCAGCAUGGAAGAUGGGUGCCAGCAGAGGCAGUUAUGUGGGGGAAACCAAGCAGCCACAGAAAGGAUGAUUCAGUUUGGACGGGAGCUACAGGCUCUUAGUGAGCACCUAUGCAGAGAGUAUGGAAAAAACACAACACACAAAAAAAUGCUGCAGGAUGCUUUUAGUUUGUUGGCAUAUUCAGAUCCCUGGAGUUGCCCGGUUGGACAACAGCUGGAUCCCAUCCAGAGGGAACCCAUAUGUGCUGCUUUAAAUAGUGCUAUAUUAGAGUCUCAGAACCUGCCAAAGCAGCCACCACUGAUGCUGGCAUUAGGACAGGCCUCUGAAUGUCUCCGACUUAUGGCCCGUGUUGGUUUGGGUUCCUGUUCUUUUGCCAGAGUUGAUGAUUAUUUGCACUAGCCACCAACUUGAGACAGAGGGAAACCCACCCAAAAGCAUCAGAAUUUUCUCUUUCCUGUCCCACUAGCCAUCUUUUCCUUUCCUUCUCCCUGCUACUUCAGGACCCUUUUGAUUGACAAUCUUUACACAUCUGCCCAAUUUGACUCGCGCCUUGUCUCAUGUGCCAUGCUGCAGAUAAAACUGUGCUGAUGAAAUCAUUGCAUGACUCAUCUGUGACGCCUAGGCAGUGAUCGGGAUUUCCAACAUUACUUUUAUGGAACAUUAAGAAAGUUCUGCUCAGUUGUUGAUCCUAGCCCAGGAAUACUUGGGCUUAUCACCAUUUUAAUGCUUCUUCUAUGCCUAGCCUAUAAAUCAUAUCGGCUGGUGACAACAAUAUGUGGAUGGUAGCUAUCCACUUAUAAACUGCCCUUUAGACACAUACUGUGAUAUCAAAAUCCCCUGGACUAGUGGUUCUCAUAUUAACUGGGUUAUCAUGGUUGAAGUGCAGAAUGGCAAAGACUAUUUGUGUUUUGGUGAAAGGGUUAUAUGAGCAGUGGAGCAGAGAGCUGCUAACCAAACUCUUAAGCUGCUAACUUCUUGCCUCUCCAUAUUUGGAGAACAUAUGGUGCCGUUUCUUUGGAUAGUCUCCAUUCAGACUGAUCAGAGGAAAGGUAAUAAUGUACUUUGUAGACACAGAGCUAGUUCAGCUUGAGGAGUUCUGUUCCUAGCCACAGACGCAUUGAAUACGUUUUUUUUUUUGUUUUGUUAGUUUGUUUUUUUAAUAUUGAAGCAACAGGUAUCUUAUUUUUUUUCUUUUUACAUUAUAAAUACACCCUCAAUUUUUGGGUCAGAUAAUAGAAACUUAUAUGUCCACAAGGUUCCUAGAGACAAUAAAUGAAAGUGCUAUCAACAAUUUACACAUUUAAAUGUUACAUUUUUUUCUUAUGUUACCUGAUUUUUAUUUUGGGAGAAGUGUCUCCUAUAUGGCACAGAGGGAUUGCUUUUUUUUAUUACUUUUUUUUUUAUUUUAAUCACUGUUUUUUCUGACUUUUGAGGCUUGAUGGUGAGUCAUUCAAUUCAGUUUGUAUUUUAACCCUUUGUCUACCAAAAAGCCAAAGCAAAAUCUGUUAGGAAUGAGAGUUUCAUCCUUAAAAUCGGCACCUAUUCCAGUACUGCUCAUUGGAACCAGAAAAUCUAGUGGAUCAGAAGAGCUCCUUAUAAACAGGCAACAUGCUACACGCAUGGCAAAGCAAACUGCAUAUAUUCUUAUUUGCGUCUGGUAUUUUUAAAGACAAUUUUUAUGAUUUGAUGAUGAUUAGUGUUGCUUUAUUUUAUUUAAUGUUUUGGAAGAUAAUAAAUUGGUUUUAUUAAUGCAUCUGGCAGCAAAGAGGUUGAUUAGAAAAUAACUGGGAUAUUUUUUUUGUGUUACAUUGUCUGAAAUUAUAUGAAUUUUUGAUAUAAUGUGAAAAAAAUUGUAAGUGGCAAAAAAAAAAAGUUUAUGAAAUAUACAGCCACAGCUCAAUUGCAAUCCACAGGAAUACGUGAACAGAAUGAAAUACUUUUUAGAGCUGGAUUAGUCAUCUUUUAUACAUAAUCUGUUGUCCCUUACCAUAUUGUACAAGCUUUGGGGAGUAUUCUAGUAGUGUGCACUAACAUCAAUUUAAUGUCAUAGUAUUUUGGUGUUUUGCAAGUAAAAAAAUAAGUUGGCAAGUGUGGUAAGGUAAGAUUACAAAAGUCCUGUUUUUCAGCCAUCAGUUUAAUUAAACAUCUUAAUUUCCCCCCUAACAUAAUUUUUUUUAUUUAAGCUUUUCAUUUGUCUAUUUUUCCAACUCACCUUUUCCAAUUUUCUGUCACUUUUUGUGAGAGUGAUUGAAGAGCUUUUCCUUGGGCCAUUCCCCCCGCCCCAAUUCAGAAUUUGUGAUAGAUGCUCAAUGCGAGCUGGUGAUAGCCUUCUUAUUUUCAUAAGUAAGAAAACAAAAACACAAAAAAUCUAUAUUAUAUAUAAAUAUCUAUAUCUUCACAGUAUUUAACUUAGUUGUAGAGACCUGAGCUUUUUGUUCUCCUUUUCUUAGGGGAUGAUUGAGCUCAGAAUGUCACUUUUAUUUCAAAUCCAUACAUUAAAGAGAUUAAUCUCUUCA